AUGAGGGCGAUAGAACUGUGGCUGCUGGCAGAAGGCUGCCUGUGUACGGGAGCAGUGGCACGAGGUUUCAUCAACAAGCGCGCUUCGAAUGUAUGCCCAAGCGCAGACUACACUGCACAGAAUGGAUUAACAUUCUCGACCACGAACCUGUGCCUUGAGAACCUUCCCGGAGAUGAUAUAUCUCACACGUCACCAAUAGACACCAUAGAAGACUGUAUGGAUCUUUGCUCGUCUUCACCAGGCGACGUAGCAUGCACAGGGAUCGCCUACAACUUUGAAAGCAACACGUGCUGGCUUAAAAAUGUCAACAUUUCUAUAUCGGUAGCUACUUCAGAUGCAAACACGCAUAGUGCUUUGGCCACAAAUUUCAACUACGACCCGACGGACGUAGCGUGUCCUUACAGCAAUGGCUCCGUGCAGACGACGACUAAUGGAAUGGCACUCCAAAUUCUCUGCAAUAGAGACAUGCCGCUUAACGAUUACUGUGCGUUAGAUUCACCACAGCCCGCAAGAUCUGAUGGCGUCUGUCCAUACCAUGCCGAAACGAUGGAGGAGUGUCUAGAAAUCUGUUCAGAAGCUGCUCCGAUCUGUAAAGGUGUCGUUUUUAACCCUGACAAAGCCAUGGGCUAUGGCAACUGCUAUCCGAAGUCAGACAUCUCCACUUCAAACAUUGAGACUACCGCACAGGUGGCACCAGCGAGGCAUUUCGCAAUGGUCAACAACAUCCCCACGCUGAAUGAGACCUGUUCGAAUAACACCAUCACGAAAGCUUCGGAUGGAGAAGAGUUUUUGCUUACGUGUAACGACAACCGUCCAUACAACGAUCUUGUUCGGGUUCACAGCGAAAAUCUGACGGCCUGUGUGGAUGCGUGUACUAGUUUCAAAAAUGCCACUGCCGGCGAAUGCGUUGGUGUCAUGUGGGAUAGCACAAUGUCUUCGUCAUGGGAGAAUUGCUGGCUUAAAAGCAGUCCAGGCACGUCGCAAACUGCUGCUGGAGCCUUUACCGCAAUGAAGAUAAGCAACAGCAGCACCAGCACCAGUACCGGCAGCGGUGGAAGCGGUACUUCGAAACCCAGCGCUUCUUCAUCGUCGCCAUCAGGGGGCAAAAGCUCAAGCAAAGCAUGGAUUGCCGGUGUUGUGAUUGGGAUUUUGGCCGUCGUCGCCCUCAUCGGAGUCGCUGUAUGGUUUGUUCGUCGCAGACGUGCGAGUCAACCUGCCGUUCAAGUAUCGGAGCUAGCAUCGGAGCCCAAGACAGUGUAUGCGAAGGAGAGCCCACCAAGCGAACCGGUCUACCACGAACUUGGAGACCGCAAGGUGGCAGCGGUAGCGUCUCAGACAGGUCCUCAGGAACUGGAAGUGAAUAGCCAGCACGAACAAGUCUAUGAGCUUCCUUCAGAGACUAAAUGA